GCUGCCUGGGUAUUGUUGUGGCGGGGAGGGAAUCAAAAUCAGACGUGCUGCUGUUAUAUAGAGCUACAGCCAUUUGACGCGUAUUUGUUUCUUAAGUGUAAAGUGUUGUUGAACUCAUUUUUAUCUUGUCCUUGACCGAACCAUCCAUUAAGUGAACAUGCAGGACUUGAUUGCUACAGUGGAUCGUAUUAAAUUUGACCUGGAGAUAGCAGUUGAGCAGCAGUUAGGAGCCCAGCCUCUGCCUUUCCCAGGAAUGGAUAAAUCGGGGGCAGCUGUCUGUGAGUUUUUCCUGAGAGCUGCUUGUUUAAAAGGUGGGAUGUGUCCUUUCCGUCACAUAAGUGGGGAGAAAACGGUAGUUUGUAAACAUUGGCUCAGAGGACUGUGCAAGAAAGGGGACCAGUGUGAGUUUCUUCAUGAAUAUGACAUGACCAAGAUGCCUGAGUGCUAUUUCUACUCCAAAUUUGGGGAGUGCAGUAACAAAGAAUGUCCAUUCUUACACAUUGACCCUGAGUCAAAGAUCAAAGAUUGUCCUUGGUAUGACAGAGGUUUCUGUAAACAUGGUCCAGAUUGCAGGCACAGGCAUACUCGAAGGGUUAUCUGUAUCAACUAUUUGGUUGGCUUUUGUCCAGAUGGCAGGACUUGUAAAUUCAUGCAUCCACGGUUUGAUCUUCCUAUGGGAGCAACUGACCAACCUCCUCUUCAACAGCAAAUACAGACCCAGCAAAAGCUUAACUUUCAACCGAUGAAUAUGAGGUCGACAUCAUCACUGAUCCAGUUAACUAACCCUAAAGUUAACUCAAACCAUUACCAGAACCAUCCGAGGAUGCCACAGGUCAUUGGUCCAAUGCACAUGCACAACAACAUGACAGGUCAUAGAGGUCCCCGCCCUCUGGAACAGGUCACCUGUUACAAGUGUGGUGAGAAGGGACACUACGCCAACAAAUGUACAAAAGGACACCUGGCAUUCCUAAGCGGACAAUAACUACGUACCAUGAACUAUGGAGAAGAGUUCAGUCUGGGAGGAUGCUGAAAAUUUUCUGAGCAAUUGUGACAAAUUGACAGUGGGUAAGUUCCUGUCGACUUCAGCUAUUUGUUCCAGUGGCCACAGAUGGUAGACCAUUCUUGCUGAAGUCACAGGCCUUGCACAAAUCAUUUCAAUGGAGUUGAACAGAAGAAUAAAAAACGACCAAUCCAGUGUGUGCUUGCAUAUACAGUAAUGUGUGUAUAUAUGUGUAUAUAUGUAAAAAUCAUACCUUUUUUGAUUGGUCCUGUGCCAUCAAUAUUUCAGUGAGUAGCCAUUACCUAUAAUUCUUUUUGUGGUAGUGGAAAAGGAACUGUAAUAAAUCCACAUGCUUCUCAAUAUCUUAUGAACAACCUAUUCCCUAUAACAUUUUUCCCUAACUUUAUUAGAUUAUUAUUUUUUAUACUUCCACAAAUGUAGCCAUUUUCACUAAUUUGACUACAUUGAAGAAACCAGUAGGUCAUCUCCAGUAAUACAAUUAAACAAAUACAAAAAACACUCAUGACUAACAUGUUAUUGGUGGGAAAAACACUUCAUCAUUCUUGACUAUGCUGUUGUACUCUUCAAUCACUCUGUUAUCCAGUUGAAUCGGUUGAAUUUUUUUUUUUUGUCUCUUUAAAAUAUGUGAAUGUAGGCUAAUAUGUGUUGAACAUCACAACAACCCAACUAUAAUAAAGCAAUGCAGCACGAGAGGUCAUGGUAUACAGUAAUGGCUUAACAGCAUGAGGUGUGGGGUGUUGGGAUUGGGUCUUUGAACAUUCAUUUGGGUUCGUAUCAGAAAAACGUUUGGGAACCAUUGCUUUAAUAUAUUUGCAGACUCCAAUUUGAAACUAUAUUUUGCUGGAUAUUUAACUGCUGGCUACUGAAACAAACUAUCUGCAGAAACAAACUGUCAGUGUAACAAGUUAAGUACAGGCUCCCCAUAAUUCAGUUUGCGACACUGAACUGAAUUUUCUGGACAUCCAGUAUUUAGCAUGUUUUGUUGAACAGAUCUACGAGUACAACAGGUAGGUAAACAUCUGCAUUUUUAUUAAGUGUAAUAUGAUCCUGUCAUCUUUAAAAUGAUAAAGUGUGGUGGAUGUGUAAGACUGGUAUGGAUAAUUUGGCUAUGUUUUGGCAUAAUUUGGAAACAGUUGUGACAGUAAGGAAAAUGUAUCCAGUUAACAAUUUUUCUAUAUUUGUAUAUACUUUUUUGUACAAUGAAUACAUUAAUUCAUAUGAGUAUAUGAAUAAAUAUUUGUUUUUGCAAA